GGAACAAACUCAGAGCUAGUUUGCCACUUCCCCUCUUCCCCCAUCUUCCUCUCUCUAUUUCUUUCUUUCUCUUCUAUGCCAGCUUCUGAUUCUGGAUCUCUGGAAGAAUUGGAGAAUUGCAGCUGUUUUCUUGGUGGGUGUGGAGAAGAAGGUAGAGUAGAUUUGGGGUCUUGUAGAAUGAGGAAGCGUCAAGUUGUGCUUAGGAGAGAUGAGCCAUCAAGAAGCUCAGCUAAUUCAUCUUUCACAGUGAGGAGUGUGAGGUAUGGAGAGUGUCAGAAGAAUCACGCUGCGGGUGUUGGAGGGUAUGCUGUUGAUGGGUGCAGAGAGUUCAUGGCGAGCGGUGAAGAGGGAACCAGCAGUGCACUCACCUGCGCCGCCUGCGGCUGCCACCGGAACUUCCACCGCCGGGAAGUGGAAACCGAGUUAGUGUGCGAGUGUUCUUCCCCUACCUCAAAUGGGAAAUAGAAUUUUAAUAAUCAUUUCAUAUCUACAUCUGGUGUUUCCUGUAAUGAAUUGUCUCCUGCUUUUCCUUUGUUGGGUUUUGAGAUUGUUGUGUUAUUUUCUUUCAUGGUUGAUGAUGCACUCGACUGAACUUCCUCUUUGAUAACCAUAUAUAUUGAUGGAAAAAAAUAUGAGUGUACUGUUGCGUUGUUUUGAAGAGACAAGACUCCUUUUUUUCUACUCUCA